AUGGUGUACAGGUAAAGUGUAAAGGCAUCUUCAAUUUUAACUGACAAGUUUCGAUAACAAAUUCUAAUUAUGGUGGUUACUGAAAAAUUAAAAGUCCUUCAUCCGUUGUCAGCUAAUUUAAAGCAUCUAAGUGCUAAUAGCUUUUCUCAAGAACAUAGAAUAAUUCAAAAAAGAAAUAGUUUAGGAUUUAAAUUACAAUCAACCUUGUGGAUCUCAGCUGUAGGAUGUGUCGGGAAAAUAUUAGUAGAUUGGUGUAAUAAAGUAACAGUUUACAAUAGAGAAUUAUUUUUAAACCUUAUUCAUAAUCGUCCUGCUGGUACUCCACUUAUCACUGUCUCAAAUCAUACUUCAAUGUUUGAUGACCCAGGAAUAGUUGCUACCAUUAUGGAUCUUAAAGCAAUAGUAAACCAACAAAAAAUGAGAUGGUCUAUGGCUGCAAAAGAAAUUUGCUUUGCAACUUGUUUUACAUCCUACGUCAGUCAUCACGGAAAGCUUAUUCCAAUUGAGCGAGGAAAGGGAGUGUAUCAGGAUGGAGUAAAUUAUGCUAUUCAAAAACUCAAUGCUGGUGAUUGGGUACAUGUGUUUCCUGAAGGAAAGAUAACUUCAGAAAUUGUCAGACUAAAAUGGGGUGUUGGCAGGAUGAUUAAUGAAUGUGUAAAAACGCCGAUUAUUUUACCAUUUUGGCAUGUUGGGAUGCAAGAAUUUCUUCCGCUAGAAAAUGACAUAUAUAUACCUUUUUUCGGACAUGUAACUUUACCUAGAAUUAAAAAGAAAAUCACUGUUUUGUUUGGCGAUCCGAUACCAGUAUGCGACAUUUUAGUGAAAUUUCAUUCGGGCGAACUUAAUGAAGUUAGCGCAAGGAUUCAGCUCACUAAUCGAAUACAAGAUGCGUUUCGGCAACUUCGAAUUAUUGCCGAGGAUCUACACACUAACAGAGGGUUUCUUAGCAAAUAGUUUUAAAAAUGAAAACUUAGCAUUAGUUAUUUUCAGGGAUGCGGAGUUCCAAAGAUUCAUGCUGUAAAUUUUUUUUUUCUGUUCUCUGGUGUCCAGGAGCUUUAUAGGUGUUGAGUGGUUUAUGAUUUACAUCAAGAAAAAAAUUCAUGAGAUUUGGAACCUAUUGUUUUCUUAGCCAAAAGUCCCUUGUCGCCAUUAUACAUUAAACAUUCCUCUAUAUUUUUUUUUUAAAAAGUAGUGCAUAAUCCUCUUUACAUUUUUGGACCUUCUUGAGAUCGAAAACCAGGAAAAAAUAAUCAUUUUAUGACUUUCAAAUCCGGAGUUCUUUAUGGGACUCUGCAUCCAUUUUUUUAGUUAUAUUUAAAGCUUGAUAUUCUGAUUGUAGAGUAAAGUUUAAAAUCCAACAAUUUGUAAAUGUUAUAAAUGAUAAUAAAUUUUUAUCUCAAAAUUCACCAAUAGAAAUAAAAUUUUAUAUUUAAUGCACUUUUUAAGGGUUUUUUUAGUUACG